AGGGGGGUAUGGUGGUUUGGUCGGUGGUAAAAUACAGGAUGGGCUUGUAGAUUUUACUGGUGGCAUCAGUGAAGUUAUCGAUCUCAGUAAUAAAGAUAAAAUACCCCGGAAGCUCUUUUAUCUAUUGUAUAAAUCUAUAUUUAUGAACUCGAUGGUAGGGGCGAGCAUACAUAAACAUCCAAAUGAGAAGGACCCAGAAGUUGAAUUAACGAAUGGUUUAUAUGCGGGACAUGCCUACAGUAUUACAGCAAUCAAAAAUGUGCCAUUUGGAAGAUAUUCAGUAAGUUUAAUUCGGUUAAGGAAUCCAUGGGGUAAAAGUGAAUGGACGGGUCGCUGGUCAGACAGAUCAGAAGAAAUGGAAUCACUACCACCAUCAGUUAGAAAUGAAUUGCGAUUCCAAAGAGCAAAUGAUGGUGAAUUUUGGAUGUGCUAUGAGGACGUGAUUAAUAUCUUUGAUGAAAUACAGAUGUGUCAUUUGCAGCCCGACGCACUCACAACAGAAAUAGCAGAGGAUGAGGGGAUUACAUCUUGGAAUGUAACAAUUUAUCAUGAUGCUUGGAAGAAAGGAAUAUCAGCAGGAGGCUGUGGUAAUCCACCAAACGAAAAUUUAUAUUGGAAAAAUCCACAAUUCUUCAUUACAUUAACAGACACAGAUGCAGAUAACCCUAACGCAGAAUGUACUUUAAUUGUUUCCUUAACAGAAAAAGAGUACAACAACCAGUCAAAAAUAUGUAUUGGAUUUGCUGUAUAUAAGUUAAAAUCGCCCGAUAUGAAACCAUUAGAUGGCGAAAGGGCUUCUAGAAAUUCUAUGAGAUUAACAGAAAGAUCUGGACAAUAUCAAUAUAAUCGUGAAGUGACCAGACGUUUUGAGCUUUCACCGGGUGUUUACGUCAUAAUACCCAGCACAUUCCAUCCACAUGCCGAAGCGGAUUUUUUACUUCGUCUCUUUACAGAGAAAAGGGCAGAAAGUGGAGUUCUGGACAUUGACAACCCAAAGCCAGUAUCUCCUAACCGGGUAAAUUUAUCAUCAAAUUUUCUAAAAUAGACGUUUUAGGAUGUUUUGUGAGUUUGGAAUGCAAAAGUACAUAGCUUAAUAGAUUUUUGUGUGCACACUUGAAAUGAGAAGUGGUAUCGGGUGUUUUAGAAAG